AUUAUGCGAUACCAUGGAAUCGCACACUUACCGUUUUGACCUUUCUCGUUCUCUCUCUGUCCAAACGAAGAGCGAUCGACGAAGAGAAUUCGCGUACGAAAACUUUCCCGGAAAAUUUCCAGCUGUUACAGAAAUUCCCAGAAAAUGUCCGAACCUGAUGAAGAUAGCACCAGAAACGGUGUCAUUCCUCCGCCGACGAGGCCGCGGGAGCUGCUGAUGGAUUUGGAUGAUCUGAAUUUGGACAGUUCUUGGCCGUUGGAUCAGAUCCCCUACAUCUCCUUAUCGAACCAGUUCAUGUCUCCGUUCGUCGUCUCCUCUUCCUCCGAGCAGCCUUGCUCACCUCUCUGGGCGUUUUCCGACGGCGGAGGAGCCACCGCUGCUCCCGCCGACGAGAAUCUCAGCCCUGCCUCCGGUGUUCCUCCUUUCCGUCUCGCCGAGUAUCCUCUCUUUCUCCCUUGUUCUGCUCCGUCGGUGGCUGAGAACACAGCAGAAAAUGGUAACAAUCUCCAGUUUCCCUCUCCAUUGAUGGGUCUGGUCCCUCCGGAGAACGCAGACUACUACUGUGUGAUCAAAGAGAGGAUAACUCAGGCGCUUCGCUACUUCAAAGAAUCGACCGAACAGCAAGUCCUGGCUCAGGUCUGGGCUCCAGUGAGAAAGAACGGCCGUGAAUUGCUGACGACUUUGGGCCAACCUUUUGUUCUUAAUCCUAACGGCAAUGGGCUUAACCAAUACAGGAUGAUCUCUCUCACGUAUAUGUUUUCUGUGGAUAGUGAAAGCGAUAUAGAGCUUGGACUUCCUGGUCGAGUUUAUCGACAGAAAUUGCCCGAAUGGAGUCCAAAUGUACAGUACUACUCCAGCAGAGAAUUCUCACGGCUUGACCAUGCCUUGCACUAUAACGUGCGUGGUACGCUGGCCUUGCCCAUAUUUAAUCCUUCUGGUCAGUCCUGCAUCGGUGUUGUCGAGCUUAUAAUGACCUCAGAGAAGAUCCAUUACGCCCCUGAAGUGGACAGAGUUUGCAAAGCCCUUGAGGCGGUGAAUCUGAAAAGCUCGGAAAUACUUGACCACCAAAACACUCAGAUAUGUAAUGAGGGCCGUCAAAAUGCACUAGCCGAGAUUCUGGAGAUACUGACAGUUGUAUGCGAGACCUACAAGCUCCCUCUGGCUCAAACCUGGGUCCCGUGCCAGCACAGAAGUGUCCUAGCCAACGGUGGUGGUCUGAAGAAAUCCUGCACCAGCUUCGACGGGAGCUGCAUGGGCCAAGUUUGCAUGUCCACGACUGACGUGGCUUGCUACGUGAUCGAUGCCCAUGUUUGGGGCUUUAGAGAUGCCUGCCUUGAACACCAUCUCCAAAAAGGCCAAGGUGUUGCAGGACGUGCAUUCAUGAACCGCUACUCAUGUUUCUGCCGAGACGUCACCAAAUUCUGCAAAACCCAGUACCCGUUGGUACAUUACGCGCUCAUGUUCAAGCUGACCAGUUGUUUCGCGAUUUGUCUACAGAGCUCUCACACGGGCGAGGAUGAUUACAUUCUUGAGUUCUUUCUCCCUCCAGAAAUUGCGGACAGAAGCGAGCAAGAUUCUAUGUUGGGUUCACUGCUGACCACUAUGAAACAGCAUUUUCAGAGCCUGAGGGUCGCGUCUGGAGUUGAUUUCGGUGAAGAAACCGAUGAAGUGUCUGUUGAAAUCAUCGAAGUGUUGCCAGAUAAGAAGAUAAUUUCGAAAAUCAAAUCUAUUCGAGUACCCUCUUCUGGUUUUACAUCAAAUGCAGGGGAGACGGGGUUGAAUCCUCAUCCAUCCGUGGUUCCUUCUUCUGAUCCAGUGAACGAGAAGAAUGUGGCCGGUGAUAAUGGUGUGGUUAAGGAGGCGAAGAAGCAGAAGAGAAAACGUGGGAAAACAGAGAAAACAAUCAGUCUAGAUGUGCUUCAGCAGUAUUUCACCGGAAGUCUCAAAGACGCUGCCAAGAGCCUUGGAGUUUGCCCUACGACAAUGAAGCGAAUCUGCCGGCAACACGGAAUCUUGAGGUGGCCAUCUCGGAAGAUCAAGAAAGUGAAUCGUUCGAUCACGAAGCUGAAACGUGUCAUCGAAUCUGUUCAAGACACUGACAAAGCUCUCGACCUUACUUCCAUGGCCAUCGGCUCGAUUCCUCAGACAAAAAUCCAAGCCACAGCCAAACUGUUAAACUCGCCAAGCGGCCCAAAAGAACCUGAGCCGCCAAAGAACAAUGAUUCGCCCAACUACGGCUCCAGUGGUCGCAUUCCUCAGGAACCACAUGGGACCUCUGAGUUACCAAGCAACAGAUGCAAACGUUCACAAAACCGGGAUGAUAGCGUUGAAACCCCGACCUCUCAAGGCUCUUGCGGAGGUAAUCCCCAGGAUGAGACUACAGCCGUGAACCGAGAACCAGUUUUGGCUGUCGAUGUAUCUGCAUCAUCAUUUUCUAUGCCAAACCGGCUUGACCCUAUCCAGGGAAUGCCAAUAGAAGACGCAGGGAGCUCAAAAGAUUUGAGAAACCUCUGCUCCUCUCAGAGGCUUCCAGAGUCAAACCGGUUAAACACCGGCAACAAUUCCCACAACCCUACAAAGGAAGAGGGCUCAGGAUCAGAAACAAGAAGCGUAACCAUCAAAGCAUGUUACAAAGAAGACAUUAUAAGGUUCAGGAUAUCAUCAAGCUCGAGUGUGACUGAACUGAAGGAGGAAAUUGCAAAAAGGCUGAGACUUGACACAGGUACGUUCGAUAUAAAGUAUAUAGACGACGAUAACGAAUGGGUUUUGAUCGCUUGUGAUGCCGAUCUUCAAGAGUGUCUCGAUAUUUCGAGAUCCUCUGGUAGCCAUAUCGUACGGCUCCUGGUUCACGACCUGACGACGAAUCUCGGUAGCUCUUGCGAAAGCACCCGAGAAUUGUGACCAUAUUCAGGUUCCUGAGCAAAAAGCUCUUGUAAUUAACUGUUUAAAACGACUUAGAGUUUUUGGAUUUCUUGGUACAGAAGAAAAGAUUUGGGAUUUAGGUUUUGUGGUAAAAGCCGUAAAUGAAUUUGUUUGUUUGUAUCUGAGAGAGUCAGAAAUAAUUUAACUGUAACCCAAAAGUUUUCUUCUUUUUUUUUUUCUUUUCAUUCUUGUUUUUAUGAUCUUUUUGGUGUCCUCUGCCUUUGAAAAGACCCUGUAAUUUUAACA